AUGGCGUACAAAGGAGGCAAGCCAACCCAGAUCGUUAUUACCAACGGAGGCGACAAGGAGAAUUCAAUUGAACUUGCUGAAAGCGCGCUCUCUAAGAUCCUGAUGGAGCCGUCUACAAGAAAUAGAAAAGUUGUUGUUGUAUCCGUUGUGGGCACAUUUCGCAAAGGGAAGUCUUUUCUUCUGGAUUUUUUCCUACGCUACAUGUAUUCCAAGGAUAAAAGUAACUGGCUGGGUAGCCCUCAUGAGCCAUUGACGGGGUUUCACUGGCGUGGAGGAGCUGAUCGCGACACUACUGGUAUUUAUAUAUGGAGUGAACCUUUUUUUGUCAAGCUUUCCUCUGGCGAAGAAGUUGCCGUACUUUUCCUGGACACACAAGGUUCAUUUGAUUGUAGAGCUAAUAUGAAGCAGUCGGCUACUAUCUUUGCACUUAGUACCAUGUUAAGCAGCAAAGAAAUCUUCAAUAUUAAGGAUAACCUGCAGGAGGACUAUCUGCAACAUCUACAGUUCUUUACGGAAUAUGGAAGAAUAGCUCUUGAAGCCGGAUAUGCCCAGACACCUUUCCAGCAUCUUGAAUUUCUCGUUCGUGAUUGGGCAUUCGCUUAUGAACAUCCUUAUGGCAGCAAAGGAGGAAUGGAACUUCUUAAUAAGCGUCUCGAAGUACCACAUGAUCACCUACAGUACGCUGACAAGAUUAAAUUGACUCUAAGAACGAUCUUGACUGCUACCUCCGAGUUAUGCAGUUACCUUUUGGUUGAUGAUGAUAUGCCAAAAGAAAAUAUAUCAUUACGUUCACACAUAAAGUCGUGCUUCUCCGAUCUCCAAUGCUACCUGAUGCCACAUCCUGGACUAACCGUGGCGAAUAGCCCCACUUUCAAUGGUCGUCUCACCGACAUUGACCCAACUUUUCUAAAACAACUGCAGGAUUAUGUUCCUCAUAUCCUCUCGCCUUCGAAUCUCACCGUAAAGAGCAUCAACGGGCAGGCCGUAACGUGUUGUGAGCUGAUGGAAUACUUCCGAGCCUACGUGAAAAUCUUCCAAAGCGGUGAAUUGCCUCAACCGGUUUCCAUGUAUGCUGCAACCGCGGAGGUAAACAAUCUGAAUGCCUGCAAUCGAAGUCGUAGCCUCUAUGUACAGGAAAUGAAUAUGGUUUGUGGACCUCGGCGGCCUUUUGUGUCAUCUCGAGUUCUUGAAGAAGCUCAUCACCGGUGCCAGGAGAAGGCUCUGAAGGAGUUUAGAAAGACGCCGAAAAUGGGUGGUGAGGACUUAGCCGAAAAUUUUGAAAAGAAGCUGGUGCAGGAGAUUGAUGAACUCUACAAUAACUACAAAAUGUCAAAUCAAAACAAGAAUACAGUUGAGCACUUUAAGACUCCCAUGGUCCUCUUGACCGUCAUUUUCAUCUUUUACCUGAUAACUGGUUUUCUGGAUGCAAUCGGUCUUACAAUGGUCUCCAACGUUCUGGUCUUCCCCUUCUGGUUGCUGCUCGCCGCCUUGGGCACGUGGAUUUUCGUCCGAUGCACCGGUAGUGGCCCCGAAUUCGGUGAACAAAUUGAUCGCGUUGCACAAGGGAUUGUUGAUAAUGUUUUUGUUCCAACAGUUGCGCAAGUUGGCCAAAAAGUGGCUGAGAAGACUAUCGGUGUUUCACCCCGGAUAUGA